AUUUACUAUCGUGAUCCGCGAGUGGCGUCUAAUAAAAGACUAUAAACAUAUUUAAGUUUCUAUUUUCUCACUUGAUUCUAUUAUUUUAAGUUUGUCAAGUUUCACUAUAAGUAUUUUUUAUCUUAUCGUAGUGGUUUAAUUUGAUUUUGCCCAAACUUUGCUUAUUCUCAUAUUAAUUUAGUAAUAAUGUCCAAGGAAAAGGAAGUUGGUUUUAACAAUGAUGAUUCUCCUAAUAAAACAAAUACACACCUUCAACUUCCCAGCCCAAUUAUAACCCGUAGAAAUCGAACUGCCUCAACAUCUGAAAGAGCUCUAGGAAACCCUGAAGAAGUUGGUAAAAUAAAAUCGUUCUGUAGGGAAAGAGGCCACGGUUUUGUGACUCCAAAUAAAGGUGGAGAAGAUCUAUUCAUUCAUAUCUCAGAUGUUGAAGGUGAGUAUGUUCCACUACCAGGUGAUCAAGUUAUAUACAGACUAUGUCCAAUACCACCAAAAUUUGAAAAGAAUCAAGCCGUCCAUGUGAGAAUUGUACACCUCACACCUGAAAAGCAUUUAAAAUGGAAUGAACCACCAUUGUAAUCAGAGAUUUCAGUGCAUUCAUCAGUUACCAAUAUAAUGUUUUUCCACUAUAUCUGUAUUGAAUGUAAGUUCUUGUAGAUUUCUAAGUUUGUCUUUUUAAUCCUUGAGAACAAAGUUCUGCUAAUUUAAUUUAAACUAAAAAUAUGCAUAGAAGGUAGUUACAGUAGUCAUAAAAUGGGUAAGUGGUGCUAAAUUUUUGAAAGUUUUUUCAUCUGCUUUUUUAUAUACCUAUUCAAUACAAGUUAAAUGGCUUGUAAUGGUUCUCACGAUUUUAUAUUGAGGAAUAUGAAUGCAUUAUAUUAUUAAUUUAUGUAUGCCUGGCCUAACCAUUGUUUGGUUUCUUAAUAAUAAUGUUGUGAUAUAAUUUGCACAAAUCUUAGUUUUUUGCAUCAGGUAACAAGCACCAAUUGUUUCAAGUAAACAUUAUUGUUAUGUUAGUAUUAUUGAAAAAUGUAAGAACACAGAGUAUUUUACAACAUUGGUUCCCAGUAGAUGCCAGACAUAAAAGCUUUGUACCUUUAUGUACAUUGUUGUUUUAGUUUUAAUAAAUAUAAUCUAAAUAUACAUGGUAAAUAA